GACGCACUUCCUCGUUGGAAAGACCGUGCCAUUUGACCGAGAGAGAACAUAUCACACCACAUCUACUUGGCACGAAGAAAGGGCUUCACAACGGCUCGAUUGCCCUCAGAAGGCAUGUCCUUCGUCCCAGGCCAUGUUGUUGCCCAACCAGGCGCUCCGAAACCUGAUUCAGGAGCAUCUCAGCUCCUGGUCCCUCGAACAGCUGGACGAGCUCCAGCGCCGUCGCCAACGGGAACAGCGCCGCCUCCACGACGCGAACGGAAGCGACGCCGUUUCCGCCGUUCCCCGUUUCGCUUCCAACUUUUGCAUUUCCACCCAAGUGAUGCAGGACAGCCAUCCGGCCUUCUUGUUGCUGGCCUUGAGCCGCCGCUUGCUGUGAGAUGCUGGCACCCCGCCGCACUUUUUCAAUCUAACUUGGAAAA